AUGAAGUUUUGCAGCAUGAACGGCCCAAGUGAAUCGGAAGUUGAAAGCCUCUUGAUGAGUCCCUGCUGGGGACCGCCACAGAACAGCGGCCAGGACCAGUAUCUGCUGGAUGGCCACAAGCUGCUGCUCGAGCACGACCUGGACUCCCUGCCUAGCGAUGCGGAUCAGAAGAACUCGCUGGACGUGCUGGACAAUCUGCUGCUCAAUGGCUCCUCAUUGAAUGGGCUGUCCGACCUGAAGCCGCUGCCCCCCUUCACCGGCUACACGGGCCACCUGUCCAUCAAUGGCAUCUCGGGCCACCACUACCAUGCCAUUGCCCAGCGGCUGCCGGACGAGAGCAACAACAACUACAUACAGAGCGCCUACCAGGCCAACCCCAAUGCCAAUCCCACAUCGACGACGGCCCAGAGCGGGCCCAACGGCGGUGGCGGUGGCGGUGGGGGGAGUGGCGGCGGGAGCAGCAACUCCUCCAACGAGCACAACAUAGUCUCCUCCUCCACCUGCCUGCCCGAGAGCGUACUGAGCGGGGAUCCCUGUGCGGACGCCUGCCUGGCCGAUGUCAAGCUCUUUGCCGAUAGUCAACUAGAUUCUAAGCUUUACUCCGUCGCCGACAGCUGUGUGAUGAGCGGGCCCGGCGGCGGAGGACCAGGUGGAGCGGGAUCGGGCGGCGGGGGACAGGGGAACGGCCCGAGCAUAGCCACAUUGACGCCGAUCGACCAGGUGGCCGACUCGCUGCAUGGCAGCGGGGUGCGCAUCUACAAGGACCUGACGGAAUACGUGGACAUGAACUCCAUCGACGAUAUUGCGGCCAUCAUUGGAUCGGCCAUUGCGGACACGACGGUGCCCAAUCAGCUGGACAAGGACGAGGGCAACGACACGCGGGACAGCUGGAUGGAUCUCGACGCCUGGAUCGACGGCAACUGCAUCCAGCAGGAGGGCAAGGUGCUCGUCUCGCAGCAGGACUCGCUGGGCGACUUCAUGCUGCCCCACUCGCCACUGCCCAUGCACGCCAGCAGCUCUACGCUGCAGAGUCUGCUCAGCCAUGGCUACAUGCCGCUCCUGCAGAACCGCCUCCAGCACGGUCCCCCUGGCUCUGGAAACAACAACAAUAAUCACUCCCACAACAACAACAAUAAUCACUCUCACAACAACAACAGCAACAACUCAUCCUCGGCGACCACGACAGGGACAUCCAAGGGGGAGGCGCCCACAUCUACCUCAUACUGCAAUGAACUGUCGGCGGCAACGAGCAGCAGCUGCAGUCCGCCGGGCUCCGUGGUCAGCACCACGGACAACAGCCUGAUGAUCAAUCCCCGCUACCUGUCCAACCAAUCCCAGUCGAAUCCGAACGGAUCCAAUUCCCACCAGCAGCAGCAGGCCGCCUACCAGCUCUCCGGCUCUGGCAUGGGACCCCUCAAUGGCCCAAACUCGAUGAAGGACGGAGGACUCUGCUCCCCGGACAUGCUGGGCAACUAUCCGCACACGACGACGGCCACCACGACGGGCUCCGAGCUGCGGACGGGCACCCCCAAGGCCAAGCGAUCGCGGGCCCAAAAGAAGUCCAGCCAACAGCACCAACAGCAACAGCAACAACAGCAGCAGCAGCAGCAGGGAGAUAGUGGAAAUGGCCCGUCCACGCCCCAGAUGAGCGCCAUUUCGCCCUCGAGCGUGGGCAGCUUCAGUGCCAGCGACUUGAGUGGACUGCUGGGGAAGGAGAAGCCCGUGCACCGGUGCAGCAUCUGCAAUCGGGGAUUCCUCAACAAGUCCAACAUCAAGGUGCAUCUGCGCACCCACACCGGCGAGAAGCCCUUCCGGUGCGAUGUCUGCGCCAAGGCCUUCCGCCAGAAGGCGCACUUGCUCAAACAUCAACAGAUACAUAAGAGAAUUGGGCGUGACUGA